AUGGAAAGACAAAAAAAAAAGAAAGAUAGCAUACAAUCCAAAAUUGUUAAAUUUAUUUAUAAUAGCGACAUAACAACUGUGCCAGAAUCAUGGUUGGAAAAAGUUAUUAUAACCAACAACAAUGGACAACAAGAAGUCGAUGCAAGUGCUUGGCCUACAGAUGUAAAUCAAUAUAGCAUCAUUGACAUGGUAGCAAAUAAAAGAAACAAAAAAGCGAAUUGGCCAAUAUUUGAAGUUGACAUUCUUGGAAGUGCAAGUAGCCUGCUGGAGGCAAAAGCAAAAGAAAAAAUUGCAUCAUCUGAUGAUAGUUGUACUGACAUCGAUGCCGAAUAUGAACGGCAAAAACAAAUGAAGGAAGCACAACCUAGAUGUCGUAAACGUAAACGAGACAAAGACUAUAAAUACGACAGUGAUGGUGAUUACGACAACGAUGAGUCUUCAAGUUACGAGGAAGAUCAUUCCAAAGACUUACUUGAUGACGAAGCGAUGAACUUAGAUCUGACACCUCCAGAAGAAAGCAUUUUUACUAAAAAUAGAGAUGCUGCAGGAUUUCAACAUAAGUCUGUUGGCAUUCAUACAUCUUCUACAAAAGAGAUUGCAAGAACGCAAAUGGAAGAAAACUGUCUAAAUCCCACAACAGAUCUCAAGAAGGAAUGCAAUGAAAUUAACCAAUUGCGUGGUCAUGACAAAUUGUUGGAGCAUGUCCAUAAUAAAGAGGAUGAUCUAAACGAAGAAGUACCAGCGAAAAAUUCAAGUGAUUGUGGAUCAUCCUGCGAAGUUCCUAAAUUAUUCGAUUCUACUGAAAAGUUUAUUAAAGUAGAAAGGAUUAACGAUUCGUCUUUGGAACAUGACGACAUAAAUGAACUAGAUUUGAAGACGGACAAUGAGCUAAUAGAUGUUAAGAUGAGUAGAAAAGAUGUAAACACGGAAAGAGGAAGCGAUAAGUCACUAUGGUAUAUCGUAAAAUUACUCAAAUCGGAUAGAUUCAUUGUUGUUCCGUCAUCAUGGGUAACCACUGAUAAUCAUCAUAUCCGAUGGCCAGAUACUAAUUGUUCAGCUAAACAAUUAGCUGAAAAGUAUAUUAUGCUUCGAAAGCAGCCAGAAAACAACUGGAGAACAAAAAUGAUCGAAGAACAUGUUGGGACUACAGAGACGUAUGCUGCUGGAUGGGAAUACAUCUACCAAAUGCAAAAACAGAUGAAAAAGCAGAUUCCAGUAAAAAGUGAUAUUUCAAUUAAUGAUAUUUCAAUUGAGGAUGAGGAAUUUGUCAAAGAAUCCGUUUUAUCCAGAAAAAAGCUAAGUGAGUUAACAGAUAGUGAUUUGAAUAAGAUGAAUGAUCGUGAUAUGUUGGCAUGCACUUUACUUGGAUUCAAAGAACUUUUCAACGUACAGAAUAAAUUUAUUAAUGGAAUAAAAUUACAACAAAUGAUAGAAACAACGCCUUCAUCCUCCGGUUACCAGUUCAAUGGUCUUAGAGAUCAUUUUCCGAUAAACACCAUGAGAGACUUCAAGAAAAAUGAAGAUUUGUUGGGACAGAAUGAAACCUACAGAUGUGCAGUCAAAGAUUUUUUUUACGACCAAGGAGAAUCAACUGGACAUAAAUUUUGUGUAAGAAUGCUCGAACAAGCAGUAACAGACAAGAUAGCUUCUAAUUUUUGUUUUGUCGGGAAUAGCGUCAAAAAGGCUGCUUUUUCUAAAACUGAUAUUUGGACUAUUAUAAAAGAUAAUGCAGUUCAAAGAUUUAAAGAUCAUCCAGAGCAGAAGUUCACAUUCGCAAUGGCAGAAAACAGUUGCGGCACGUGGUUGAGACAAGCACCUUUUCGUAUGAAUCGCAAGAAAAAAAAGAGUGAAAGAAAGAAGAAGAAAACUAUUGAAGAUUUCAUUGAUAAUGAUGAAGAUUUGGAAAAAUAGAUUUGUUGAAUGAAAGUAAUAUUUAUCCUGACAAUAUUCCAAUAAUUUUAACUAUCAUAUUAAACGUACAAAUGCGUUUUGUUUCAUUAAUAAUAUAAGAAAAUUAAGUUACUUAUGAAAAGUUACCUAUAACUAUGCGUAUAUAAUUUGAUGCGUAAGGUGCCAAAAAAUCUAUUUAUUAUUUUAGCAAUGGAAUAGAUUAGUUUCGAUUAUGAUGUUUUAAUUAUA